AUGGAAAAAUCUAGGCAGAUAUUGGUGGGUUUUUUGCUGAAAAUCUGAAAAUUCUAGCCUUAAAAAUCUCGCUGAAAUUCCAGAAUUUUGCCACGUUGCUCAUACCGAUUUUAUUGAUUUUUCUCAUUCGCCAAUUGCCCGAGAAGCCCAAAGAGAAGCUGUUGAAGGAGAAACAAUGUUAUGAGAGUUGUCGGUGAGUUUUGUUUUUUUUGGGGCCCAAAAAUCCACGUGGCAUGAUUUUCGGCGCGAAAUUUGGAGCAUUUUGAGACCGAAUAUGACUGGGGUGGGAAUUUUUGACGAGAAGUUAGAGACGCAGAGAAGCUAGACAACUAGAGAGCAUAAGAUUGUCAGAGACGCAGAGAAGCUAGAUAGCUAGAGAGCAUGAGGAAGUUAGAGAUGCAGAGAAACAAGAGGGUUAGAGAGUAUACGGAGGUUAGAGACGCAGAGAAGCUACGCAACUAGAUAGAUGUGUAGAGAUCAUAGAAAGUGAGAGUAUGAGGAAGUUAGAGACGCAGAGAAGAUGGACGGCUAGACAGCAAAUAAGAGUGCCAGAAACGCAGAGGGAAAUACACUCGCUCCGCUCGAGCCGCUUACGCGGAAGAUUCCGGGGCGCUUCGCGCAAGCUUCCGGUUUGCACUACUUGAUGACGUGGCACAAUUUUUGGAGCCAAAAAAAUCAUACCAUAUUUUUUUUUCCUGGAACCCGAAUUUUUUAUCGGUGUCAGACACCGAUUCAAAAAUGCAUUUUUCUCGGAAAAAUUUCGGGCUGAUUUGACCUGAACCUGAAUGCUGACGAUUGCACAAAAAUGAAAAAUUGUGCACUGAAUUUUGCUACAGGGUUAGAGACGCAGAGGGAGAUACACUCGCUCCGCUCGAGCCGCUUGCGCGGAAGCUUGCGGUCUACACUCGCGCCAAAGGCGCUCGCCUAGGCCUGGCCGCUACGCGGAAAAUUCCGGGCCGCUUCGCGGAAGCUUGCGGUCUGCACAAUUUUUUUAUGGGUGCUCCCGCUCCUGUUUCUCUUUCUGAGUGAUAACAAAAUGUGUAGUUUACCCCAACAAAAAAUGGCCAAAAUUAAAUUUUGAACAUUGCUCGAGAAAAGACCAGAGACAACUUUUUAUCAACAUUUUUUUCGCGGGGAAAAAAAGUGAAAUUAAUUCAAUUUUUGAGCACCGAAAGUUUUUGGGGGGAGCGACAAAAAUUAAUUUAAAAAAAAUAUAUAUAUAAUCUGAGCAAUCUCGCGCGAAGCGCCGCGGAAUCUUCCGCGUAAGCGGCUCGAGCGGAGCGAGUGUAUUUCCCUCUGCGUCUCUAACUGUCUAGCCUCUCUGGGUCUCUGACUUCUUCUAGCUGUCUAGCGUCUCUAACCCUGUAGCAAAUUAUGCCAUUCAGUAUCUCUAGCCAUCUAGAUUCUCUGCAUCUCUAGCCCAACAGAAUAUUUGCAGCCUCCGCGUAGUCGAAUCCAUCCCCACCAACAUCUCGUUCGGCAAUUCGCCACUUCCAAUGUCAACAUUCCGCGCCUGGAAUUCGCUGAUCUCAAAUGCCAAAUCCGAACUCUUCAUCGCCGCCUACAAAUCGUCACUUCAGGGAAAACAUGUGUUAGGCGAACUCGACAAAUUCUAUUCGGUGGAAGGCGAUCGAAUCUAUGAGAAUCUGAAGAAUGUCGGAAAAUCCAUAGAUGUGAGGAUUGUCGAGAAUUAUCCGCCCAAAGAUAAGGGAGAUAAUGCGGAUGGUGUGAUUUUGCAGGUGAGAGAGAGUCCAGACAGUUAGAGAACACGAGAAAGUUAGAGACUAGAGAGCUAGAGACGUAGAGGGAGGUACACUCCCUCCGCUCGAGCCGCUUACGCGGAAGCUUGCGGACUACACUCGCGCCACAGGCGCUCGACAGAAACAUCUACAGUACUCCUAGAAUUUUUAAAGGUUCAUACAGUAAUCUAUCAAAAUUUGGUGAAAAAUUCGAGUUCAGACAAAAAAUUGCGAUUUUUAAAGGUUCAUACAGUAAUUUAUAUGAAAAAUGUGAUUUUUAGUGGGAAAAUACAGUAAUCCUUAUUUAAAGGAACAUCUACAUUUCUAUAGAAUUGGAAAAUUCGGCGGGAAAACUUUGAAUUUUGCGCCUCGAAAAAUUGAGCGGGAAAUUUAAAUUUUUGAAUUUUGCGCCUCGGAAAAUUCGAGCGGGAAGUUUCAUUUUUUGAAUUUCGCGAUUUUGAAAAUUGAGCGGGAAAUUUGAAUUUUUGAAUUUCGCGCCUCGGAAAAUUCGAGCGGGAAAUUUGAAUUUUUGAAUUUCGCGCUUCGGAAAAUUCGAGCGGGAAAUUUGAAUUUUUGAAUUUCCCUCCACAAAAAAUUCGAGCGAAAAAUUUGAAUUUUUGAAUUUCGCGCCUAGGAAAAUUCGAGCGGGAAAUUUGAAUUUUCAAAUUUCCCUCCAAAAAAAAAAAUUGAGCGGGAAAUUUGAAUUUUUAAAGGAACACCAAAAGCUAAUAGUCACUCUAGCGUAUCCGAACAAACACUUCAGAACUCGAAAUAAUCAAUGUCAAUUUACAAAUGUUCGCAAAAAGUAAAAAAAAAUUUGAAAAAAUGGUGAAGUUUGCGCCAAAAUAAAAAAAUGGGAAAAAAACCGUUUGAAUUCCCUCCUCAGAGGACUCAGAGCGAAAUGUGCAAACACCGUCACGGCAGAAUGCACACAAAAAAAAUAUUUUUUUUAUUUUUUUGUUUUUUCGGGAGUUUUCGCUUGUUUUUCACUUUUCAACGAUGAAUUCAUAUAUUUUUCAGUAAAUUGAUGUUGGCAAUUCUUCUCCCAACUGUCUCGAUCAUGUUUUUGACGGAGGAAUGCGGAAUUUCGUCGAUUUUCAGCCAAAGAGUGAGUAUUUUGAGAAAUUACAGAUUAUUCUCAUAAAUCACUGUUUUCCAGGCUCAUCAAUGUGAAACAUGAAUAAAAACUGCUGAAAAAUCAAAGAAAACCGUAGAAGUAGAAGAAAGACUCUGUGAAUAGUCAUGAAUCGAGGCGAAUUGGAGAGAUUCGAUGGAUUUUCAUGAUUUCAAGUCAGUUGCGACCGGAAGUCGUCAUUUUUGCCAUCCAAACUCAUCCAAAGCACUUCUUCGUCGAUAAUUCUGCUCAUCAAUGUUCAUAUCACAAUAAUUGUAUACAUUUACUCUUUUAAAAGCUGUUUUCUGUCAUUUUUCAAUAAAAUUUGAUGAAAACCGGUUUAUUUGUUAUAAAAAACGAAUUUAUCAGAACUCCGACCAUUCAAAAACAACUGUAGGCGCUCGAAGUUCGUGGAUGUCAUAUUUAUUUUGAAUAUCAUCAGGUUGUGUUGGAGAAACGAUCAAAAUCCGCGAUUGCAGGUUGAAAACGCAGAUUCCUACCAAAUUUACUUAUUUCGCCACAAAUGUUCUUCCAAUCUGCAAUCAAUAAGUUUUGUUGAUAACUAGAAUAUCGAAUUUACUACUUAAAAUCGUAGUUUACUAUGAGAAACAAAGAAAAAACGCGAAAAACGCGAAAAAUAUUUUUCGAAAACAAAAAAACAAAAAAAGAAAACAACGACAUUCCGCUCGCCUGGUGUUUAGCGUAAAAGGCGUGGCAAUUUGAUUUCGAGUUUUUUCAUUUUUCCACAGAAAAAUAUUUUUUCCUCUAAAAGUUCAGAAGAAUUUUUUCAUCGAAAAGUGAGUAUAGGGAAUGAAAGUAGGAGUAUUGAAGUGUCUGUUUUGGUAUGCGCGGCUUCACCUAGCGAUGUUGACCUUUUAGUUUUUGGUGUUCCUUUAAAAAUUUCCAAUUUUCAAAAACUCUGCGUCUCUGACACCUAUAUGCCUAUAUGUGGAAAAAUGUUGAAUUUCAGAAUUUCGGCGCCGUCUCGCGUAAAUCAAUCGAUAUCGAAAAUAUUAUGGGACGCGGAAAAAUGCACUCGAAAUUCCUCGUGGCCGAUAAAAAAUCCUUCUAUUUGGGAAGUGCAAAUCUGGAUUGGCGAAGUCUGAAUCAAAAAAUGGAAUUGGGAGUUUUGGUGGAGAAUUGCGAGUGUUUGGGUGAGGAUAUGCACAACAUUUUCGAUAUUCUAUGGGAUCUCAAAGAUCGAAGCAUCGAGAAGAAUCGCGGAAUCACGCGGAAAGCCGCAUUCAACCGCGAGCGACCGUUGCGAAUUCGAAUUCAGGACGAAGAUGCGCAAGUAUAUAUUGCCACGUCACCCAGGGAAUUGAAUAAUCCACGUAGGACGUGGGAUUUGGAGGCGAUUGUUGGCGAAAUUGAUGGAGCACAAGAGUUUUUGGAUAUUCAUGUUAUGGACUAUUUUCCGCUGUUUAUUUAUCGAUCGCCGAGAGUGUGGGUUGAUUUUUGAUUUUGGACAAAAUUUGCGAUUUUUUGAGACUAAAUAUGACUAGCUUUGAGAGAGUUGGGGGAGGUUAGAGACGCAGAGGGAGCUAUACCGCUAGAGAGCACGAGGAAGUUAGAGACGCAGAGAGAGCUAUACCGCUAGAAAGCACGAGGAAGUUAGAGACGCAGAGGGAGCUAUACCGCUAGAGAGCACGAGGAAGUUAGAGACGCAGAGGGAGAUACACUCGCUUCGCUCGAGCCGCUACGCGGAAGAUUCCGGGGCGCUUCGCGCAGGCUAGCUAGAGAGCAUAGGGUUUGGAGAGAGUGCAGAGAAACUAGACAGCUAGAGAGCAUAGGAUUUUGUAGAGACCCAGAGAGGCUAGACGGGUAGAGAGAAUAGAAAAGUUAGAGACGCAGAGAGGCUAGACGGCUAGAGAGCAUGAGAGAGACGUAGAGGGAUAUAGACGCAGAGAAGCUAGGCAGCUAGAGAACACGAGGAAGUUAGAGACGCAGAGGGAGAUACACUCGCUUCGCUCGGGCCGCUACGCGGGAGAUUCCGGGGCGCUUCGCGCAGGCUAGCUAGAGAGCAUAGGGUUUGGAGAGAGUGCAGAGAAACUAGACAGCUAGAGAGCAUAGGAUUUUGUAGAGACCCAGAGAGGCUAGACGGGUAGAGAGAAUAGAGAUGGUCAGAGACGCAGAGCGAGCUAGACAGCUAGAGAACACAGGGGCUAUAGAGACGCAGAGGGAAAUACACUCGCUCCGCUCGAGCCGCUUGCGCGGAAGAUACCGCAACCUUUCCGCACCCAAAAUCUCCCAUUUCAGUCAUUUCGCCCACAUCGAUGACGCAAUUCGCCGCGCGAUUGUCCGCGGCGUCAAAAUCCGCCUCCUCGCCGCCGCCUUACACUAUCCGGACAUUGGAACGCGGUUUUUGAGAAGUCUGGAGAGUUUGAACGAUAUUCAUGCGAAUGCUACGAUGCAAGUGGUGAGUUUUGACACGAAAAUAGGCCACGCCCCUUUUUGCAAGUCUGGCACACUUUUUUCGGGGCUUCUUUUUUUGAUACCAAAUAAGCCACACCCAUAAAAUUGUGCGUUGCAGACGAAAUUUGAAAAUUCAAACUUCCCGCCUUGAAUUUUUAGCGCGAAAUUUGAAAAUUCAAAUUUUCCGCCUUGAAAUUUUAGCGAGAAAUUUGAAAAUUCAAAUUUUUCAGUAUAUGUUUUGAGGCGGGAAAUUCAAAAAUUCAAAUUUCCCGCUCGAAUUUUCAAGGCGCGAAAUUUGAAAAUUCAAAAUUUUCAGUGUUUUUUGGAAGCGGAAAAUUUGAAAAUUUUGAAAAUUCAAAUUUCCCGCUCGAAUUUUCAAGGCGCGAAAUUUGAUAAUUCAAAUUUUCCGCUCGAAUUUUCAAGGCGCGAAUUUUAAAAAUUCAAUUUUUUCAGUGUUUUUUUGAGGCGGGGAAUUCAAAAAUUCAAAUUUUUCAGUGUUUUUUUUUUGAGGCGGGAAAUUCAAAAAUUCAAAUUUUCCCCCGCAAAUUUGAUAUCAAAACCCCCCAAAUCACCCGCCAAAUUCAAAUUUCCCUUCAGAAAAUCUUCAAAGUGCCCACCUCUGCCGAAAACAUUGUGAUAAAUCGCGAACGUCGAACCCACAACAAAUUCAUGGUGACCGAAAACGCGGUGAUAAUUGGCACCUCAAAUUGGUCGGGUGACUAUUUUAUGGGCGGAACAACGGGUGCCGCUAUAAUUAUUCGACAAACUGGAACACGUCAACCUUUUAUUCGAGAGAUGCGCGAGAUUUUUGAAAGAGAUUGGGAUAGUGAAUAUGCUCAUCAAUUGGAUUUGUAUUAUGAGAAAUGUGUUUUGGGCAAAGAUUUUGGAGCUGGUGAUGAUUUUUGUGAGGGAAAAAAAGAUCCACGACUUUUUGCCAACAAGGAACAGGUUUUGGAUGAAUAA